AUGGAAUUUCGACUUUUCGAGAGAUUAUUUCUGAAAUAUUCUCGUUAUAGUAAUAAUGAUGAGUACCAAGAAAGUGUACUGCAUGGAUUAGAUCGAAAUUUGGAAUGCUUCUAUCGAUAUUCAAAAAGAGAUCACCACCAAAGUUUUGCUGAAUGGUUACAUCGAAAAAAUACCUCACAUUAUACACCCAUUGCACCGCUCCAUCAGCAAUCUUUGAUUAAUUUGGAGCUCGAUUCACUGAAAGAUGGCGAGCAAGUAACACAUGGAAUACUGGACUGCUUAGCGCCUAAACUUUUUGCAAUCACGCCUGACACGCCUUUGAAAGAACGUGCAUUGUGCUAUUUUGAAUAUUUCCUUAAUUAUAAUCCGCAAAGAAUACCAGCGGCGCUAACAGAAGUACGAUGCACGUGUUCACAUCCAUCUCCUCACGUAAUAGGCAGACGGAUUUUUGAAUGUGAACCUCUACAAUAUCAAAUUCGCGUACUAAAAUUUGACGAACUUUGUCAAAUAUAUUCAGAGCAAAUUGAAACGAUUGCUUUGGCAUGUAUUCCUGUAUUACAGGCUAGCGCGAAAGCUGAUGGUGAGAUGAAGUACGUCGCGCCUGAAAAAUUUCGUGGCCCUAUCAAAAAGAGAAUUCAGAACGAACUAAAAUCGUAUAUAUUUUAA